GAUUGAAUCAAGCAGGCAGAGGACGAGUAUUAGAGGGUCAAAUAGGCCAGUCGGAGUCUCAGGACCGGAAGGGAGAAAAUGGGUUGUGUUCUCUUUCAAUGAGGAAACAGUGGCUGGGUGACUGAGAAACCAAAAUAAAAAAAAAACAAGAACAAUUAGGAACGAAGGAGAGAACUUUCCACUUCAAUUGGUUCAGAGCCACAAAGUUUAAGCUUUCCACCUCUGUUUCUGUGCUCCUCUCCCUCAGAUCUCAGGAGGCAGGAAAGUGAGAUCAGGAUAAAGAAUCCAGGAGGAAAAAAGGAGGGGUGGCAAGGAUUGAAAUUUCUGGAUUCAUAGAUCCACCACUUUCUUUCUGCUUUAUACUUGUAAAGGUUUCAAAGGGGAGAGGGAAAGGCAAGGGAGAAGGAAAGAUCGGAUCUUUGCUUCCGCCUCUGUGUUUGCGUCAUCUCCAGGCUAGCGCUUCUCCUGUCGCUAUCGCCUUUUCGGCAGGCUCUUGGUUGGUUUCAACCUUCGGAAACCUGUGAUCAAGUCGAGAUUUUGCGGUCGGGGGCAAGGGUUUCGGAAGCGAGUUGCAGAUGAUGACAAGAUCUUGGACGGAUGUGCUUCCGCAGAAGGAGGUGGCUCCUCAAUCGUACUGCCCGAAUUGGUUCGUCAGCCAGGAGAGCAACGGCGGCUACCGCAGCGCGAGUUGGACGCCGGAGGAGAACAAGCGGUUCGAGGAUGCUCUAGCGGAGGUCGAUGCGGACAGCGCCGACCGGUGGGAAAAGGUGGCGGCUUUGAUCCCGGGGAAGACGGUGGCAGAUGUGAUGAACCAUUACCGCGAAUUGGUCGACGACGUGAGGGAUAUCGAGGCCGGGCGGAUCCCCUGCCCCGAAUACUACGGCGCUUCAUUUUUUACCCUCGACUGGGAGAACAAUUAUGAUUCCGAAGACUGGAAGAAUCCCUACUGCGCUUCUGGCAAGCGAUCUGGUGUCAGAGAAUCAGAUCAUGAGAGAAAAAAAGGAGUUCCGUGGACUGAAGAGGAGCACAAAUUAUUUUUGCUGGGCCUAAAGAAGUAUGGAAAAGGAGACUGGAGAAGCAUAUCCCGAAAUUUUGUGAUCACCCGGACACCUACUCAAGUAGCCAGCCAUGCACAAAAGUACUUCAUCAGGCUCAACUCUGGCAGCAAAGACAAGAGAAGGUCCAGCAUACAUGACAUUACUACUGUGGACUUGCCUGAUAACAAUAAGCCUCCUUCGCCAUCCGCUCAGCCAUCUACUGUUACCUCACAAUCAAGUUUGUCCAUGACACCCACAUUGCCAAGCCAAUUCUCUGCUAUUGCCGAUUCAGAUCAGCUUGGUGAAGUAGCAAGUGGCUUUAAUCCGCCAUCACAUGAGAAACAAUUUGUUCAAAAUCAAUUAGGAAUAGAUCCGUAUCAUAUGAAACUACAGCCUCAAAAUUCACAGCUCAUGGAUGAGAUGCUGUUGGGCAUGCGAUCGACUAAAUAGAUGCUUCCUGCUGGAUCUUCUAUCCAAUGAGUGAAAUUUCAGAACCAUAUGAUUUCUUGAGGUGGAAAUGUAGAAUGAUAAAUGCUGCAAAGGUGGAUGAGAAAAUGCAUCUGAGUUUCCCAACUGCGCUAUGACACUAAACGCACUUUCCAGCUGCUGCACCAAGUGUCCUAGUUGAAGAUUAUAAUUCUUUGUUUCCGUGUAUAUAGCGCCACUUUCAACUCUAUGAAACUCAGAAAGAAUGCUUUGCUCAACAUACUAUUCUGAUAUCUGGCAACUUUCUUUUCUAUUUAUUGAUCAGCAUGCUCUGUGUUGGGAAUGGAUUAAUAACAUCACUGUAUUCUUCAGUUUGGUGAUUUCUUUGUGUGGCUUGACAUGGAGGGAACAAUAAUAUGGACUUGUCUUGUUUAUUUGCUACUGAAAAAGCCUCGGAAAAGCCAGUGUCUUCAAAUUCACGAUACUUCUAUGAGUUGUAAUGUUUUUGUGUUAAGAAGUUUGUACUUAGAAUAGUCAUGGACCAACGCUGCUUGUCCUUGUAGUUUGAGAUUCUCUCUUCUUAUAUAUCAUCUCUUUCAGAAAGGAGAUAGCUAUAGUUCUAA